AUGGCAGCUUCUUCGUCGACACCCAAUUCUGCGUCGGUUGCUUCAUGUGCUCCAACGUUCAAACCAACCAAUAGUAAGGACAUAGGAUGGAAAUACAAUCAUUUGAAGGAUUUGAAUAACAAGAAGAAGGUGACAUGUGAUUUUUGUAAUUUAACUAGCAGUGGAGGAAUAAGUAGAGCCAAAAGACAUCAAUUAGCAAUUACCGGUGAUGUAGUUUCUUGCACGAAAACACCCGAGGAUGUUAAGGCUAUAUUACGCGCGGACAUGGUUGAGAAGGAGAGAAUUAAGAAAGGAAUACAAGAGGUUUCGGUGCAAUUAGAUGUGGAUGAUACCAUUGAUAUUGAGGAAAUACGUAGAAUUCAAACCGAAAAGAGGAUGGUUGCGAGUGAUGAGACCUCUUCAAUGGCUAUCAAGAGGGUUAAGGGACCGUUGGAUUUGGUGUAUAAGAAGAGUAAGGACACAAGCAUCAAUGAUGCGUGUGAUAAAGAAGCAAGGGUAAGAACCAUCCAAUAUAUUGGUUGCUUUUUUUAUACGUGUGGAGUUGCUUUUAACGUAGCAAAUGCAAGAGCUUUUAAGUUGAUGUUGGAAGCGGUUGGAAGUUAUGGUCCUCAUUUGAAACCGCCAAGUUAUCAUGAACUCAGGGUUCCAAUCCUCCGAAAUGAGUUGGAAUAUACAAAAUAUGUGCUAAGAAUGGUUGAUAAUGAAAGGAAACCCGCAAUGGGAUACAUAUAUGCCGCAAUGGGGGUAGCGAAGGAAUCAAUUGAGAAAGCUUUUAGUUCAAAUUCAAGCAAGUACGAAGCCGUAUUUGCAAUCAUUGAUAAAAGAUGGGAGUGUCAACUUCAUCAUCCGCUACAUUAUGCAGGUCACUAUCUCAAUCCUGAAUAUUAUUAUUCUAAACCAGAAAUUGAGAAUAAUGGUAGAUUGGUGAGAGGCCUCCGUAAGUGCAUUGAGACACUUAGUGAAAGUUAUGCAGUGGAAGAUUUGAUUUCAGAACAAUUGUCACAAUACAGGGGUGCUACAGGUCUCUUUGGUAUAAGAGCGGCAAUUAGACACAGGUCGACAUUAGCUCCAGCCGAGUGGUGGAAGUCUUAUGGAGCCGAAACUCCGGAGUUGCAAUUGUUGGCUGUUAAAGUGUUGAGUUUGAGUUGCAGUGCUUCCGGAUGUGAGCGUAAUUGGAGCAUCUUUGAGCAUAUUCAUUCUAAGAAGAGAAAUAAAUUGGAACAUCAAAGAUUGCAAGACUUGGUGUUUAUCAAGUAUAAUCAAGCUUUGGUAGAGAGGUUUGAAAUUUGGGAUAAAAUUGAUCCUAUGGAAUUUAAUGAAAUUAAUUUCCACACCGAAUGGUUGGUGGGAGAGAUGGAAAAGGUAGGAGAUGAUGGUGAAGACUUGGUUCAUCCAAAUGAUGAUUUAACUUGGAGUCAAGUUGCCGAUGUUAGUGGGGCUAAUGAGCCUAUAAUCUACACUAGGAGGACAACAAGGCAAAAUGAAGUUGGAAGUACUUCUCAAGCAACAACGGCACCAAGAGCAACAAUUGCACCAAGAGCAACAAUGGCAACUAGAGCAUCAAUGGAACAACAAGUGAUGGAAGAUGUUGAAGAAGUUGAAGAUGAAGAAUUGGAGGAAGAUUUUGAAGAAGUUGAAGAUGAAGAUGAAGAAAUGGAGGAAUAUAUUGAAGAAGAAGAUGAAGAGGAAGAGGAAUUUUUUGAUGAUGCUAUAUGA